CUGCAAUCCGAAUCCACGUGCAGUCACGCCCACGUCUCGCUAACGUGUAUCCUGAGAUUACAACUGGGUGUUACGCUGACUGGCAGCCUCUGAGCUGUGAACUUUGUGAUGUCGGAGGGAAAUGGUUUAAUCAGGUUGUCUGACCCACAAUAAAAUGAGGUUGAGGGUCUUGAGCAGGUUUGGGAUUGACUCGUGUCAGAAUCCACCUUCAUUCAAUUUCAAUGGGUGAAGAGCUUAACAUCCCUGUUCCUAAUAAAGUGGCCGGGCGAGUGUAUACACAAUCACGAACAUUUUAGCACGUUUUUAUAUGUUGACGUGCGCGGGCGUUUGCGUGUUUUUUUUUUUUUCCUCCCAAAUCUCUUACGUCACACACACGCCCCCUUGUUAAAACCGUAGCACUUAUCCCAGACAGUGAGAGAGACAGCGAUGUGAUUUGGCCAUAGCACGUGUACAAAGCGCGUUCACGUGGCGGGGGCGCGCGGACACGAGUGCGAGCGCUGGUGGAGAAUGUGAGCGGUGUUCCUGCGGCUCCGAACACAGCCAUGGAGCUGGAGGUGGAAUCCGCCGAGUGAGUAUCAUGUACAGUGUGAUCCGGCUGAUCAUGCAGUACCUGAAGGAGAACAAUCUUCCGCGCACUCUGGCCACGCUGCAGGAGGAGAGCACGGUGGUCCUGCACACGGUUGACAGCAUCGAGAGCUUCAUGGAGGACGUGAACAGAGGCCAGUGGGACGCGGUGCUGCGAGCCAUCCAACACCUCAAACUACCCGACGAGCUGCUCAUCGACCUCUACGAACAGGUGGUACUGGAGCUGAUCGAGUUGAAAGAACUGGGAGCGGCGGGAUGUUUACUGACUCAGACGGACCCCAUGAUCAUGCUGAAACACACUCAGCCUGAACGAUACGCCAAGCUGGAAGCUCUGCUUACCAACAAACACUUUGACCCCAACGAGGUUUACCCAGAAAACAGCAACAAGGAGACGCGCAGGUUGGCCAUCGCUCAGGCGCUGGUUGGAGAGGUCAGUGUGGUUCCUCCAUCUCGCCUCAUGGCUCUGCUUGGACAGGGGCGUCUGUGCGAGAGCGCUCUGUACAGGUUACAGGAGACCAAAGCACUGAGGCAGUUCGGAUCAUUAGCCAUGCUGUCUCUGAAGUGGCAGCAGCACCAGGGUCUUCUGCCCCCCGGCAUGUCCAUAGACCUGUUCCGGGGCAAAACCAUGAUGAAGGACCUGGAGGAAGAGCGCUUUCCCACCCAGCUCAGCCACCUUCUAAAGUUUGGCCCGAAGUCGCAUGUGGAAUGUGCUCGGUUCAGCCCAGAUGGUCAGUACCUGAUUACUGGGUCAGUGGAUGGAUUUAUUGAGGUGUGGGAUUUUACCACGGGAAAAAUCUGCAAGGAUUUAAAGUACCAAGCUCAGGAUAACUUCAUGAUGAUGGACGAGGCGGUGCUCUGCCUGGCGGUGAGUCACGACAGUGAGAUGGUCGUGUCUGGGGCUCAGGAUGGAAAAAUACAGCUGUGGAGGAUUCGUAACGGUCAGUGUCUGCGCAAGUUCGAACGCGCUCAUGGCAAAGCCGUCACCUGCCUCAGCUUCAGCCGUGAUAACGCUCAGCUCCUCAGCGGCUCCUUCGACCAGAUCAUCAGACUUCACGGAUUGAAAUCAGGAAAGAUGCUGAAGGAGUUCCAAGGUCACACUUCCGGGAUAAAUGAUGUCAUCUUCUCACACAAUGGCCAGUUUGCUAUCAGCGCCUCAGCAGAUGGCACAGUGAAGAUCUGGAAUGUGAACACGGCUGAAUGCACAAUCACCAUCAAAACUCCUGACGUUCCAGAAGGAUCCGACAUCACAGUUAACAAUGUUGUUCUGGUACCCAAGAACCCAGAGCACUUUGUGGUGUGUAACAGGACCAGCACAGUGGUCGUCAUGAACGUCCAGGGCCAGGUACUGAGGAGUUUUAGCUCGGGAGUGAGAGAGGGAGGAGACUUUGUGUGUUGCACGCUGUCUCCUCGCGGAGAAUGGAUCUACUGCGUGGGAGAAGACUACGAACUUUACUCGUUCAGCACCAUCACUGGAAAGCUGGAGAGAACACUGCCGGUGCACGAGAAAGACGUGAUUGGCAUAACCCACCACCCUCAUCAGAACCUCAUCGCCACCUACAGCGAGGACGGCUUGCUGAAGCUCUGGAAGCCUUGAGCGUGAACUUUACAGUCGUCGUUCGUGCUGGUCUGUACAUCCGAGAUGUUUGGAAUCAUGUGUCAGUUUUUCAGGUUUGAAAGUCUUCCAUUCCAGAGCCGAUGAAGAUCACUACAAACUUAAUCUCCACUCUUUUAACACGUCUGAGUAACGCGAUCGGACCGUGUCUUGUAACGUUAAAAAUAGAAUACGCCAAGACUUCUUUAGAUGUCGUAAGAAAAACGUGGAAACACUUCACACUAUUGGUGGUUCGUGACGUUUCUGAAUUGCAUGAAACCGGAAAAUAUAAUUACGAUCAUUUCGCUGUGGAAUUCAGGUACGAUUGUCGAUUGAAUACUUCCUUCUAAAAAAUCAAUAAAAAAAGGGUUAGAAAACAAAAGAAGGAAUUGAUCCUUAACGUACAUUUUAGAAACGGUCCCUCGGCUGUAUAAACACUGCACGAUCGUAUCCACAUGAUGUGUGUGAAAACUUCUGUAGUGUCGGUAUCUGCAUGCCAGCAGUAAAUCUCUCUGUAUGAAACCUCGAUCUAACACGGCAUUUCUGCUCCAACCUUCACAUUACUGAUGCGUUUAUCUCUUCAGGAAAAGCAGUGAAAGACGACCAUGAUGUAGCUAACACAAGGCACUGGGCUGCAUUCACACGCUGAGGGUUUUUCUUUUGGGUUGCACCGAGAUUCCUGACCAAUCAGAUUACAAAAGAAAACCAGCUGCCAAAAAUCCGCAUGUAUUAAAAACAACCAAGGCAGCGCGUUUCUGAUAAAUCAUUCACUGUAUUCAACUCAACACUGUUUAUUUCGGCCAAAGCUCAGUUUUUAACUCAAUACACCGAACUAACGUCGACUAUAUACGUUGCUAAGUGCAACAUUAUUUCACCAAUGCAGCCUCAAAUGCAGAUUCGCCUUAAAAACAUGAACAUAUGAUGGGGGGGGUGGGGCUUUCAGAGGUUCAGUUCAUAUUGGAGAGUUGGAAGCAACUGUCAAUCAUUCCAGAGUUUCCUGCCAAUCGUUCCAAAAGCUGUGUUUAUUAGAACACAACCAUAUUGGAGUUUUUAAGCGAUACCUUGUACUGUAACUUGUCCCUCAUUAACAUUGUCAGGAUUCUCUUGAUUUUCCACCUUCAACACUACAGAGAAGACAAUAACCCCCACCUCCUUACCCCAGUCCGCAAUACUGAGGACAAUUAAGCUCGUCGCUAGGCAAGUUAAAGAGCUCGUGUGGACUGCUAGGAGCGUUGUCGUGGUUACAGCGUGAUUGAGCACUGAUGGGGGAGCAGGAGGUUAAUGCCAGCAAUGAUCUGGACAUGCAGGGAAAUGUUUUCAGGUGUGAAGGAUUGGUGUGUUUUAACACUUGACCCACACUUGCAUGAGAAAUAACUGGUUCUGUAACCACGGGACUGUGUGUGUGUUUGAGCAGGGUUCUAUUUCAUUGUUUAUUUCUGUCUAAUUGCUCUGGUUUCUGUUGGACAGCAGGUUCUGGGGAGUUUACUAUGUAAAUGCGUCAGGUGUAAACGCAGUACUGUAAUUCCAGCUCUCCACAGGAACCACUCUGUAACGCCUUCAUCGGUGCAUCAUCAGGCUUCUCCCUGGCUAUUUUUUCACUGCACACAUUUCGUCUCUGAAAUAAACUCUGUGCAUGUCAUGCAAAACUUCAA